AUGGUACGCUUCAGUAGCGAGCUCCUGCUCUUCACCGUCUGCGCUGCGGCCUACCAGGAAGCCGAAAGCACGAAUGGCCAGCAGCAACGGAUCAUUCAGUCGCCCGUUGAGCCUGGAAGCGUCCAACGGAAGCUGCAAGGACGCUUCCUACAUAUAACAGACAUCCAUCCUGAUCCCUUCUACAAAGCCUACUCAAUAACAGACGGUGACCAUCCAUGCCAUGGGAAGGCGGGCAAGGGCGAUGCAGGCUACUUCGGGGCUGAGAUGACCGAUUGCGAUACUCCCUUCACCCUCGUAAAUGCAACUUUCGACUGGAUUGAAAAGAACAUCAAAGACGACAUCGAUUUUGUUGUGUGGACUGGCGACUCUGCCAGACACGACAAUGAUGAGGACUACCCUCGAAGUAGCAAGCAGGUCGCUGACCUCAAUCGAUACACCGUCGACCAAUUCGUUCGAAUCUUCGGAAAGACGGGCAAAAUCGAUCCCAAGAACCCUCUCGACAGCUUCGUCGUGCCCAUCGUCCCAACAUACGGCAACAACGACAUCUUACCACACAACAUCUUCACAAAAGGGCCCAACCGAUGGACAAGAGAAUUCGAAGAUAUAUGGCGCGGGUUCAUACCACAAGAGCAGAAACACUCCUUUGCCAGAGGCGGCUGGUACUUCUCAGAAGUCAUUCCCAACCGUCUGGCCGUAUUCAGCUUAAACUCACUCUAUUUCUUCGAUUCCAACUCCGCGGUCGAUGGCUGUGACGCUAAGAGCGAACCGGGCUACGAACACAUGGAAUGGCUCCGAAUCCAACUAGAGUUUAUACGAGAGCGAGGCAUGAAGGCUAUACUGACCGGGCAUGUGCCCCCAGCGCGAACAGAGAGCAAGCAGAACUGGGAUGAGACGUGCUUCCAGAAGUACACUCUUUGGCUACGGCAGUAUCGCGAUGUCAUUGUUGCGAGUAUUUUUGGACACAUGAAUGUCGAUCACUUCAUGUUCCAGGACGUGGCUGAGCUUAAGUACAAAUUCAAGAUUGAUGGCCUUGAAAGUGAGGAUUACGAGGCAGAGGAGGGCUUUGACAUCGCGAGGGACACAUCACCCGUCGACACACUGGGCGCAAAGAAGGCCUACUUGAGCGAGCUGCACGACUCUUGGGCCGGACUGCCGAAACCACCAAAAGGUGCCUCAUACAACCCUCUUAAUUCGAGCAUUGAGGCCGACCUAGUCAAGAGAAGGAAGAGGAAAGGUGGCAAGAAGAAGAAACAGAAAGAGAUCGACAAGUUUUACAAGCAGAUUGGAGGACCAUGGGGCGAGAGAUUCAGUCUGACGUUGGUGUCACCUAGUGUGGUGCCCAACUUCUUUCCUACCCUUCGCAUCAUUGAGUACAACAUCACGGGAAUGGAGCGUGAACAUCCAGCCAGUCACAUUAUGGGCACGCCUGCCGAGGUGUUCUAUGGUCAGCUCGACGAUGUUACAGAGAUACCACCAGAAGAACCACUACGAGCGGAACGCCGCCGACGAGACACCGAAGACGUGGAUGUCCAGAAGAAGAGACGGAAGAAGAAAAAGAAGAAACCAAAGAGACCACCUAAGCCGAAUUUUCCUGUGCCUCUACCGCCGAAGUCCUCGUCAGCCCCUGGACCAGCCUAUUCGCCACAGGCAUUGUCACUUAUUUCGUGGAAGCAGCUAUAUGCAAAUUUGACUGAGAUCAACGCCGCGCACAAAGAGAGUGCGAACUCGAACGGCAAGCACAAGCCCGGCAAUGGACCAUCAGUGGACUAUAAGCUCGAAUAUAACACGAGCCACGACAAGUACUACAAGAUGAAUGAUCUGACUAUGAUGAGCUGGCUACAUCUAGCUGAGCGGAUAGGACGCGAGGAGCUUCAACACGGCGAUGUCGAGAUCUCCGAGCGUCUGGACGAGUCGGACGCAGUCACCAACAUUGCUGAGGAGGCAGAUUGGACCGAUCUUGGUGUCGACGACUCCGAUUUCGACUCCGACCACGAGUCGGAGAGUCAAGACGUGCACGCCUCGAAAAAGGGCGGCAAAAAGAAGAAGAAUAAAAAAGCCAAGAAGAAGAAGAUGAAGAACCACUUAUGGAAGGAGUUCUUGCGGCGAGCAUACGUGCAUACUAUGACGGACGAUGAGCUUGAUGAGAUAUUUGGCUCGUAG